AUGGGUGUUGUAUCCUCAAAAUUUCCAUUUAGAUCAAAAAAGAAUGUAAAGAUUUUAAUGUUGGGUUUAGAUGGAGCUGGAAAAACAACAUUAUUAUAUAGAUUAUUAUUAAAUGAAGUAGUAUCAACAAUAAGUACACUUGGAUAUAAUGUUGAAACACUGCAUCAUAAAAAUUUAAAUUUGACAGUCUGGGAUUUGGCUGGUCAAGAUUCGAUUCGUGGUUUGUGGAAACAAAUGAAAUUUUAUUAUAAAUGCAAUGCUAUUAUUUUCGUUGUCGAUAGUAGUGAUCGAUCAAGAAUAAAUGAAGCUGCCAAUGAACUCUCAAGACUGCUGAGCGAAGAGGAGUUAAAGAGUUGUCCUCUCCUAGUGUUUGGAACCAAACAGGAUUGUGAUUCACCAAUGGAUGUACCAGAGCUGACAGAUUCACUGGGUCUCCACGAUGUAAAAGAUAGAAAAUGGUAUAUUCAACCUACAAUGACUUUCGAAGGAAUAGGUAUCUACGAAGGACUCGAUUGGUUGGCUAAUUCCAUACAAACAGAGAGAAAAACCCUAAAAGAACAAAAUAAUCAACAUUCAAUUAAACAUAAAUUUUUAAAUACAAUCAAUAACAAUCAAACAAAUAAUAACAAACAAACGGUAUCAACAUAA